CGUGAGUGAUGAUCUCUCCUUCAUUGGUUUCAACACGAAAAGAACUGGGAUGAAAGUUGUCUUCCUCAAUCAGCGCCCAUUAAUGAUGAUGAUGAACGUAGUCUGGAUACUUCUCCUUUUCAUUGAGGAGGGAUUUGCUCGGGCUCAAAAGACUGCAGAGCAAGGUGCGGUAUCCAAAGUGGUGAAACCUUCGCCUUCACAAAGGACGCCACGUUCUCGUCACUGCGGAAAUUGGAUACGGCACGCAGAUGGCGGCACCUUCAGCUCUCCCAACUACCCAAACACGUACCCUCCCAACAAGGAGUGUCUCUAUGUGCUGGAAGCUCUUCCCAGGCAGAGGAUCGAGCUGCUGUUCGACAAGGCCUUCUACAUCGAGGCGUCCUUUGAGUGUCGUUUUGACCACAUCGAGGUGCGUGACGGCCCCUUCAGCUUCUCGCCGCUCAUCAAUCGCUUCUGUGGCGCCCCCUGUCCGGGACUGGUCCUGUCCAGCGGCCGCUUCAUGUGGAUCCGUUUCUUCAGUGACGAGGAGCUGGAGGGCAUCGGCUUCCAGAUCCGCUACAGCUUCACGGCAGACCCAGAGUUCCAUCUGCAUGUGGGAGGACUCUUAAACCCAAUCCCAGAUUGUCAGUUUGAGUUGACGGGGGCUGACGGCAUGAUCCGUUCCAGUCAGGUUGAAGAAGAGUAUAAGGUGAAGCCAGACCAGGCUGUGGACUGCAUCUGGACCAUACGCGCCCCCUCAAAAAACAAGAUUUACCUGCGGUUCUUAGAAUACCAGAUGGAGAACUCCAAUGAAUGCAAGAAGAACUUUGUGGCUGUUUAUGAUGGCAGCAAUGCCAUCGAGGAUCUGAAGGCCAAGUUUUGUAGCACCGUGGCCAAUGACAUCAUGCUGGACACGGGCGUGGGCGUGGUGAGGAUGUGGGCGGACGAGGCCAGCCGCCUCAGCCGCUUUCGGAUGCUCUUCACGUCUUUCGCAGACCCUCCUUGCAUGGGCAGUGCCUUCUUCUGCCAUAGCAACAUGUGCAUCAACAACUCUCUGGUGUGCAACGGAGUACAAAACUGUGUCUUUCCCUGGGACGAAAGCAACUGCAAAGAGAAGAAGCAAAAAGGUAUUUUUCACCACAUCACAAAGACUCACGGCACAGUCAUCUGCGUGUCGACUGGAGUGGUGGUGCUGCUGCUCAUCAUCUCCAUCCUGGUGCAAAUCAAGCAGCCGCGCAAAAAGGUGUUGGUGCGUAAGAAUAACUUGUUCCACCGAAGAGACUUCCAGGAGGUGCUUGAACCGCCACAUUAUGAACUCCUCACUCUCAGAGAAAAGAAACUGUCGGGGGACCUUGGAGAGCUCUCAGAGGAGCUCCAGUCCCUGCAGGCCGUCAGAAGGUCCUCGUCGGCCUCGCGCUGUAUUCGUGAACAUCACUGCGGCUCUCUGGCCUCGCUCAACUCCAUCAAAGGCGGUCAGGGUCGCGGAUCCACGGAGCUCCAAAGAUCUUUGCCUCCUCUGCGGGACUCCAGCAGCAGUCUGCGGAAGAAGAGCUGGCCCAGCGUGAAGGCGGUCACCGCCAUGCGGGCUCAAUACAGCCUGGGAGCUCGAGUGGUGAGGCGGCAGGACAGAGUGACGGAGGAGGAGGAGGCGGAGGACGCCGGCUACGACGUCUACGUGCGCAGAGUUGGGAACAAAAGAGGGAAGUACGAGAUGGCCCAGCAAAGAUCUUUAUCCAUGGAUUUUUAAAAAAAGGGAAAAUGCAGCAUUUGUGCCACAACUGGAACAUGUGAUGUGAAUUAUAUUUAUAUAGCGCUUUAUCUAAGUUCCAUUUAAACCAGUGUGGGUGAAGUGUCUUGCCCAAGGACACAACAGCAGUGACUAAGAUGGCAGAAGCGGGGAUCAAAUGCAGAACCCUUAAGUUGAUGGCAUGGUCGAUCUACCAAACGAGCCACACCGCCCCAAAGUGACAAAGUGUUGGCUUUUUUUUACGCAUAAGGAAUCAAUUAGCUGGUGUUAAUUGUAAGUGAUUAUUGUGUUAUUGGAAUAAAUGUGAAGACAUUUUGUCAAAUGUGUUUUUAAAUACAUCACAAGUUCUGGAAAAUACUAAGUUUACUUUGUUAUCAGUGAU